AUGAAGAAAUUACGUGAAGAAUUAAAUAAAGCACAAACUAAUACAGCAGAUGUUACGAUUACACCAAAGGCACCUGAAACUUCUGAAAGUGCAAAUGAUGUUACUAAUACCGAUGGACCACCUACUGCUAAAAAUGAUGAUGAUACUGAGGAAGGACAUUCUCAUCGCGAUGUAUUAGAUGAUGACUUGUAUCACGCGGAUCCAGAUUUAUACACUGAUUAUUCACAACCCCCAAUGUCCUUAUAUGAUGGUGUGCUUAAUACAGGAAUGAGAAAUUAUGGACCUCCAACAUUAGUUGGAGUACUUCCAUGGUUGUGGCUUCCCGUUAAGAGAGUGCCAUCAGAUGAAGAUGCAACUCCAGGAUUUUUCCAUCGUCUAUUGGGAAUGAACAAAACUGGAUCUAAACCAAUUACGAAUCGAUCAUUAUUAAGGGAAACAGAAGAAGAAAGAGCUCAACGAGAUUUACAUAUUCAAGAAAUUGCAGAUUCAAAAAUCAAAUUAGCAACAAAAAGAGCAAUACGAGAUCCUAAUAAUCCAAAUAAGAUUUAUUAUCAUCAUCCUGAAAGACGUCGUUCUACUCUUGUCUCACCAAUAAUUCCUACAACUUCUGGGGGUCCUAGUAAUAUGUUUAAUGAUAGAUCAGUUAGAAUGUCUAGCCCUGAAAGAAGUGAAAUUAGAUCAAGAGAUAUUCCUAUCACUUCAAGAGGAAUACCUUCUACAUCAACAGAUCCAACUCCUAGAGAAAUCCCAGGUUCAGAAAUUUUACCUGUUCGAUCUAAUCGGAAAUUAACUAAUAAAUUCGGUAAACUUGCAGGAAGUAAUUUUGAAUAG